UUGUUCCCCAUAUAAACAGAGGAAACAACUUAACUUGGUAUACUCCCACACAAACAUUAUCACCACCACCAACUCAAAACAAACUGUUCCUCAAAAAGCUCAUACUUCAAUAUAUUUCUCCAUGGCUAAACUACCCAUUAAUCUUGCUUCCCAGUUCAUCACCAUCCUUCUCCUCUCUGCUCUCGUCAACUCAGCCUCCGCAGCAGAUCAAAACCAUGAAUUCGUCAAAACCAUGGACAGAAAACUGUUCGGUCUCAAGAAAGAAAAGCUAAGCCAUUUUCGCAUGUAUUGGCAUGAUAUAGUCUCCGGCCCUAACCCUAGCGGCGUUCAAGCCGUUCCGCCGCUUAAUUCUUCCAAAACCGGGUUUGGUAGCGUGCGGAUGAUCGAUAACCCGUUAACCUCAGGCCCAGAAAUGAGCUCAAAGUUACUGGGACAAGCACAAGGGUUUUACGCACAAGCUUCACAGCAAGAUAUCGGGCUUUUAAUGGUUAUGAAUUUUGCUUUUGUUCAAGGUAAAUAUAAUGGUAGUACGAUCACUGUUCUUGGCCGGAACAGCGUGUUUUCUAAGGUUAGAGAGAUGCCGGUGAUCGGAGGAAGUGGGCUUUUCCGGUUUGCUAGAGGCUAUGUUCAGGCCAGCACUCAUAAGUUUGAUCUUACUACAAAAGAUGCUACAGUUGAGUAUAAUAUUUAUGUGCUCCAUUAUUGAUGAUGAUUUGCUCAUUUUGUUCUAAUUUAUUUUCCUAUAUUAAUUUUUUUUGAUGAAUUUUUCCUAUAUUAAUUAUUAGUUAGGUUGUGAUGAGUUAUCAUAAUUAAUAUGGACCACUUUUGUUAUUUUUGUUAUUCAUUUCAUGGGAUCAGCGGGGUUCAUUGCUAUUAAGGAAUUAUGCUGCUUCUUUUUUUCGUUGGCUUUAAUGUAUCUUUUGACUCAUUAAUUAUAUAGUUUUGUUCUAAGACAA